GAGACGCACUGAGAGACACGGAGGAGGCAGGGGCUUGUCGCUCCUCCAGACUGCAAUCAUAUCACUGAUUCUGAACAUUUAAAGCCGUCCUUUUUCCCCAAAACAUGCGGCUGUAGCGGAAGAUACAUCAUCCGGUGCUCUAAUUCUCUCCAAGUGGAAGAAAAGAGAGAGGGAGAGACGCUUUGAAGACGAGCUGCAUUCAAAAUCGGACUGGACACCUGAUUUUUGCGUCUUGAGUAAGAUGUUCGCCUUUUUUAAACCCCCCAAACCCGCUCCGUUUUAAGAGCGAUACCGUGGAUUAUUAUUCCCGUCAUGAACAAAUGAGGGAAGGGGGACGCGUGCUUGCGUUAGUCUUGACGCUAUAGCGUUUUAUUCCCACAGAUUUUUUUUUUCUUCUCUUGCUCGGUUUGAGGUCAACGUUAAAACAAGUGAGUGAAAUAUCAGCACAGAGCAGGGUGUUGUCAGAGAGAGGGAUGACAAGAGGAGGCAGGGGCGGCGGGGGGGCCGUUUGAGGUGUGCUUUUUUGGGGGGAAAAGCCGGAUAAAGACGAGGGAAGGUGUACAGCUACUACCGACACACCAGCGACGCCUCCUGAGAAAUAAUCGCUGGGAGAAAUGGCCUAGUUCCGAGCCAAAACCGGUGACCACAGAGAGGAUAAGAAUCGGAUGGACCGGGCAUCAGCACCACCAUCAUCGUCAUCCCCAUAAUCCCGGUGUCUUUUCUAAAGGCCUAAUUGGAUCCUGACUGCAGCCUCGGGCCUAUCAGGAGCUGAGGAGGAAGACGGAUGAAACCACACGCGCUCUCGGAGAAUGCUACCUACCCCAGCGCCUCACCAUGUCAGCAUAGGGCACCAGCUCACCUGUCCUCUGCCACUCACCCUCUUUUUACCCUUGUUUACUCCCUUCUGAUUGGAUGCUCCUCCGUCUGUGUCUGUCUGAAGUGAUAUGACUACACGAGUCUCUAUUUUGGACAUGUUGCUUUUUCCUCUCAAUGCUGCCGGCCAUCAGGGCUAUGGUGGUAAGCGGUAUCACCCCUCUCACCAAGUCACCAAUCACUGUCUGCUUUGGCUUUUGGGACUAGCCCUCCAUUUGACCUUGUCCUUGUGUCAGCGUGUCGACCCCAAAUACCCCAUAGUGUCCACAGGCUAUGGCAAAAUCCGGGGCAUCAAGAAGGACCUCAACAAUGAGAUCUUGGGCCCAGUCGAACAGUUCCUAGGUGUCCCAUAUGCAACAGCACCUAUAGGAGAGAGGCGUUUCCAGCCCCCCGAAGCACCCGGGUCAUGGCAGGAGAUCAAAAAUGCCACCCAGUUUGCCCCUGUGUGCCCCCAGAACGUGCACGGUGUCCUGCCCGAGAUCAUGCUGCCCGUGUGGUUCACAGACAAUCUGGAUGCUGCCGCCACCUAUGUGCAGAAUCAGAGUGAGGACUGCCUUUACCUCAACAUUUAUAUUCCCACUGAAGAUGGUCCACUCACAAAGAAGCAAGAUGAGUCGACACUGAACAGGCCAAGGGAUGAAGAUAUCCGUGACCGCCGUAAGAAGCCGGUGAUGCUGUUCAUCCACGGGGGCUCGUACAUGGAGGGCUCAGGGAACAUGUUCGAUGGCAGUAUAUUGGCCGCCUAUGGAAAUGUCAUUGUUGUCACCAUGAACUACCGCCUUGGCGUGCUCGGCUUUCUUAGCACAGGGGACCAGUCAGCGAAGGGGAACUAUGGCCUGUUGGACCAAAUCCAGGCUCUGCGCUGGCUAAAUGAAAACAUUGGGCACUUUGGAGGAGACCCAGAGAGAAUCACCAUCUUUGGCUCUGGAGCAGGGGCGGCCUGCGUGAACCUCCUGAUCCUGUCACACCACUCUGAAGGCUUGUUCCAGAGAGCCAUUGCACAAAGUGGUUCGGCUAUUUCCAGUUGGUCAGUCAACUACCAGCCCAUGAUGUACACUAAGACCCUGGCUAAGAAGGUGGGUUGUAACCUGGGGGACAUGGCAGAGCUAGUGGACUGCCUGAGGAGGAAGAGUUUCCGGGAGCUGGUGGAUCAGGACAUCCAGCCGGCCCGAUAUCACAUCGCCUUUGGGCCUGUGGUGGAUGGAGAUGUGGUGCCAGAUGACCCUGAGAUACUCAUGCAGCAGGGUGAGUUUCUAAACUAUGACAUCCUGCUGGGAGUGAACCAGGGAGAAGGUCUGAAGUUUGUGGACGACAGUGAAGGAGAAGACGGGAUCUCAGCAGCCUCAUUUGAUUACACCAUAUCCAACUUUGUGGACAACCUCUAUGGAUACCCAGAUGGUAAAGGUAUCCUCAGGGAGACCAUUAAGUUCAUGUACACAGACUGGGCUGACAGGGACAACAGUGACAUGCGGAGGAAGACCCUCCUGGCCCUGUUCACCGACCAUCAGUGGGUGGCCCCUGCCGUCGCCACGGCAAAGCUACAUGCAGAGUUCCAGUCGCCCGUCUACUUCUACACCUUCCACCACCACUGUCAGACCGAGGCCCGGCCAGAGUGGGCUGACGCCGCCCAUGGAGAUGAGAUCCCCUAUGUGUUUGGGAUCCCCAUGAUGGGGGCCACUGACCUGUUCCCAUGUAACUUCAGCAAGAACGAUGUCAUGCUAAGUGCCGUGGUCAUGACAUACUGGACCAACUUUGCAAAAACAGGAGAUCCCAACCUCCCUGUUCCACAGGACACCACUUUUAUUCACACAAAACCAAACCGCUUCGAGGAGGUGAUCUGGACCAAGUUCAGUUCAAAAGACAAGCAGUACCUGCACAUUGGUUUGAAGCCUCGAGUCCGGGACAACUAUCGGGCCAAUAAGGUGGCCUUCUGGCUGGAGCUGGUGCCACACCUCCACGGCCUUCAGCACGAGAUCAUCAGCUCUGUGAAAACUCCAGUGACUCCCGUAGGUCCCAAUCGCAUCAGGCCCAACCCUGGCCCACGCUCCACACGUCAGCCUAUCAUCUCCACAUACCCUCCUGACCCAGACCCCGACAGCUCUGAGCGGCCACGUUAUCCCCCCUUCCCUGAAGAGACACGGGACUACUCCACAGAGCUGAGUGUGACUGUGGCUGUGGGCGCCUCUCUGCUCUUUCUAAACGUCCUGGCCUUUGCUGCGCUUUAUUACAAACGCGAUAAGAGGCAUGAACUCAUGCAGAGACGUCACCGCCGCCUGUCCCCUCAGAGGGGCACCACCAUGGGCAUGGGUGUGGGCAUGGGAGUGGUAGGAGCCCCACCUCACAACGACCUGGCUCUGAGUCAGGAGGAGGAGCUGAUGUCACUGCAGAUGAAGCAACAAAGAGUGGAGCUGGAGCACGGAACCCCUCUCCCCUCCCGCGGAGUGCACGGUGACCUGGAGACACUGCGGCCCCCUGUGUGCCCCCCUGACUACACACUGGCCCUGAGGAGAGCCCCCGAAGAUGUGCCGCUGAUGACGGCCAACACCAUCACCAUGAUCCCCAGCACUAUCAGCAGCAUGCAGCCGCUCCACCCCUUCAACACCUACCCACCCGUCCCGGCCCCCUCUGGUACUCCUGUCCCCAGCCACAGCAACAAUGCUCUGCCGCACCAACACUCUACCACACGAGUAUAGGACCACGCACAACUCUGGGCUCACAGAGACAUACCACAAAACUGCUCCACCAUCAACCCUCUGUGUUUGUCUCUUUUCAUUAAGCCCUCAUUCAAGCUGCAGUUUGUACGUUUUACAUUCAGGAACACCUCGACAUGAGGACAACAAUCAAAGGAGGGUGUGUUCAAAUGCUCUUUGCCAUUGGUUCUUGCAGCUUUGCCUCAUUACAGCUUUCUGUAUUUGGUGUUUUGAGAUGCCAAAAGUGCAGCUUUACGCUCAUAGCCCCCUGUCAGACGUAGACAGCCUAUCACAGUCAAUCAGGCAAUUUAUGUGUAGCUUAGUUGUUUUGAUCAUGUGUUGUUGUGUCAGUGUAAAACUAUGUUUGACAUAGAAUACAAAUAACCAUUUUCAUUCAUGGUUUAGGGGAAAAAGACAAUGAACACAGUGAGCUGCUUUGAACGAGGCGGCAUAUGCUUAACAAGCUGUGUGUCAUAAAGAAGAGAUUUCCUGAAACCUACAAACUGCAGCUUUAAAGGCCCAAUCUGGAAGUGUAAUUUGGCACCAUGCAUUGAGCACUUUGUCCCCAAAGCUGUCUCCGUUCUGGUUUAGAGAUAUGAGAAAUGUACUGUUUGCAGUACAAGAAUGUGACAGCUGAGCGUCGUCCCUUCAUUAUGAAAUGUAUUUUUUAUAUUUACAAAUUAAUGUAUAGUAUUAUACUGUAUAAUACCAGAGUCUUGCUUCAUAGAUCUAUGUAGAGAUGAUGCCGUUUCCAGAUUGGGGCUGGCUCCUCUGGGCGUUCCUGGAUAAACUGACUCACUCAGUGUGUGGGGUGCGACCUGAAUCCAGGCUGCCCAUUAGACUGGGCUGCAUCUGGGCCACACAGGCGCUAAUCACAUCCAUUACUUUAUUUGUUUCUCACUCAUUAUCUCUGUCUCUAUCCGCAUCUCGGCCCAUUUAACUGCUUCUGCAUUUACGGCCUCACACCACUUUCUCUGUGCAUCUGCCCUUGUAGCUCUUUUUAUUAAACCAUUGCAUUAUCCAUCUCACAUUCCCUCCUCUCUCUUGCAAUCACUACUAGACUCUUUAUUCCUUUUGGAGUCUUUUAUACAAAAACACAAAUGUAAAUGAUGUAUUAUUAAUAAAUUGUAAGGAUAUGAAUGAAAAAAGAUAUUCUGAUAUCUCGUUUUUACCAGCAUUCUUGGUGCCAAGUACUGUGACAAAGCUCCUCUCGUGCUGGCGUCCAGUGGACGUCUGAGAGGCCUACCCUGACUGUAUUCUACAAAAGGAAAUACCAUUCAGAAAAGUGCCAACCCCUUCAUUUUUCUGUUUGAUCCACACUUUUUAAUUACAUUCAAUGUUGCACUGUGGAUGGUCUCUUCUCAAAGGGAAAUCAAUAUAUCCUUGUUUAAAAAAUGAAUAUGAAGUUUUAUUGCUGUCUGGAAUAUUUGCAUGUUUUUUUAAACAGUGUGGACAUUUGCCAUUUAGAUUUCCCAUAUUCUGCCUUGUUUUUUAUUAUUUGUCAUUAUUAUUAUUAUUAUUAUUAUUAUUUUUUACUUUCUGUUUUAAAAUACACAGCACUUUGUGGUACUUCAACUGAUAUAAAAGUAUAGAGAGAUGAAUAUUGUGUAAAAGUAUACUAAAGAGAAUAAAAAUUUCCUCUUUAUUUUUUUCUAACACUGGGGCUGUGCCACACAUUAGCAGAAAGACUGACAAAGCCUUUAUCUCCCCCUCAUGUUAUAACUUGUCUCUUUUGCACAGCCACUCUCAAUAUCACACGAGGAAAGCACUUUUUAAGUUACAAAAAACAAAAGUGACUGCUCGACAUGAUUAGUCCUAAUGCGUUUUGUGUGUGACUGACUAUAUCCAUAUGCUUCGGUGUUUGAAGACUGCCUGACACUUGUCUUUCAUCUUCUGUUGUUAUUACUCUCCUCUCAGUGGGAUGGGCUAAAUUUACCAUGGCUUAAAGGUGAGAGCGCCUUGCAAUGUGUGUUUCACAGCUCUCGCACAACUGAACAGGAGACUGACGGGUCGCACUUUGGACAUUCAUGAUCAAACAGCCCAGUGAUUUCAGGACAAACGUGGACAAACGCUGAUAAAUCUGUUGUCUACUUUGAUCUGCCGGUGCACGCAGGAGCAGAGCCGAAAACAAGAGUUCAAAACUCCCUGACAGACACAACUCAUCCUCAUGUGUCACUACAGGAGCUGGAUAUGUGUGGGUCAUGUGAUCACGACCCUGGGGCCAGACUGCCAUCCCUCACUGGACUGGAGCAGAGAGGACAAAACCAACACACCACACAAACUGUACAUUUUUUUUAAGUGUAAGAGAACCAACUGGGAAUUUGUAAAUAUUCUGUUUGUCCUUUGGUUUGAGUGAUUGGCCAAACCUUUUUUUGUGACAGCAGGUGCAAGUUUUGUUUUAGUUUUUCAUCUUUUUUGUUCUUUUCCUUAUUAAGAAAAUAUGUUUCAACGGGCCACAGAAACAUGCUUUCAAGAAUAACAUGAUUUUAAUGACAGCAUAUCUGUUGAGCUCAGAAUACACUCAAAAAACUAAUGCUUUCAGUGCAUUAAUACUGUAUAAUCACCCUUUAUUGGCAGAUAGCAAAGCUAGUUAGGGACAUUGUAAUGUCACAUUAUGUUUUACAUAACAGUCCUUUGAUUGGUGGAUAGGCCUAAAUAUUCAGAUUCUAUUCAUCCUGCAUUAAUCUUUACUCGUUGUCAAGUUUGCAUUUGUGCCAAUUUUAAAGAUGCAUUCUUUUUUUAAUUUUAUUUCCAUAUAAUGUAAGGGUCAGCCAACAGAUCGGAAGCACACUCAAGUUUACAUGUUUACACUACAGUUAUGAUGUUGGCUCGAUAUAAGUGAAAAUUAAAAAAAUAUAUAUGAAUAACAAAGGCUUAACCAAACUUCAGAUAUCCUCUUGUACCAGAUGCUGAUUGAGAAAGUGGAGGCUUGCACCUGUUUGUCUGUUUCAUUUAGUCUGUUUUAGUAUCUGCUUGAAGCUCAACAUAAUGUGAGAGAGCAAAAUGGACUGAAGGGGUUGAAAGAAUAAAAGUUAAUAUUUCUAUUUCAAAUAGAGGCUAUUACACACUGUAUGUUGUGUAU